AGCCGCCACAUACGUAAACAAAAGCAUAAAUACAUACAUACGAACCAAACAGAAUUUUGUCGGCAAGUUGCUGAAUGGAUUGGAUUUAAAUAUUAACGCAACGCAACUAUGUGGAGAAGCCAAAUGCAUGCCACGUACAGUUACACUUGCACCAAUUGACCCGCAGCUAGCUAGCUAGGUCGCUCUCUGUUUUCGUCCGGCGCCCUUUCUCCAUCAAACCAAGUGCACUGCCAGAGUUUCUGCCACGUUUUUUUCUUUAUUCAUUACACAAACGACUUAGACCCUCGUUUCAACUACUUACUUGUGGUCUGUGGACAGAUUAUUAUGCCAAGUCACAUCUCAGUUCAAGCUUCAAAUUACAGAUAUCUAAUCUAUCUAUACACUUCACUAAACAGAUAUCAUUGAAUCUAUACGUAACAUCAAUAUAGAUACUUGCACUAAUGACGGAUAAUUAAUGAAUGGUUUAUGUUAUCAUCCAAUUCUUAAUAUGAACGCAAGAUCAUAAACCCAUUGUCUCGAGAGUAAAAAAGACAACGCUUUUAUUUUUUUUAUAUUUCGAAAACUAUUGGAAAAGGUUGCUGAAAUUAUCGAAGCCCAGCAACUUUCUAUUACGGUAUCCGGCUAAUAAACAAUUAUCUGUAUUGGCCCAAUACAAUAACGAGGCCGGCCCGGCCCGGCUUGGAUGUUUACUAUGGACCUUACGACCCGUUUGCGCGGUGCGAUCUUCUUCUAUUCGAGGAGUUCCGCCAUCCAUUCCAUUCCACCGCUGCCUACUCCUCUGUACUCCGAUCUUCGUUCCGGCUGCCGCUAACAGUGACUGUGUUCUGAUAUCUGCUUCCUCUUUAGUUCUCCGCCGCAGACAGUGAAUUGAUCCUUUCAACUUCGUCGCAGAACCAAAUAAGAUCCCGGCUUCGCUUUCGCUGCCGCUACUCCCUACAUUUCCAGUGGUGGGUUAUCUCCAAUCAAUUCGUUUUUAAUUUCCCUGGUUAUCAUUCUGCCCAUCUAAUAAAUUUAGCAAUUUUGGUUUCUGGGGUGGGUUCCGUUUAGCCCAAUUUGUUGCAUUUCGUUUUCAUACAGAAAAAACUCUAAUUGCAUCUAGGGAUGUGUAUAUGGUAGUGCAGUAUAGCUAUCCUGCUCACAGUGAAAGUAGAAGAGUGAGUGGCAGAAAGGCCAAGACUUUUCAUGUGUGAGCUACCUUAAGGAUAACUAUUCUAUCUCUGCCUCAACCGAAUGCUUACUUUCUUCCCAUUUCAAGUCAGGGAGUGUGAUGCUAUACAGUAGGGGAAAACUGGAAUGUAUCUUCCUAGAGUUCUGUCCCGUAGGCUUUGUUCAUGCUCGUCAUCCUAUUCAACAUCUUCAUUCUCAUGGAUAUCUCCACUGCAAGAUGUCGAUUCCAUCAAAGACCCCCCACCACAAACUCAUAACACUCUCCAGGAACGACAGAGAAGACGGCGUAGUAAAUUCAUAUCUCAUGACUCUGCCGUAACCUUAAUCCAAUCCGAGCGAGAUCCCCAGCUUGCAUUGGAAGUAUUCAACAGGGUAGGUGAGCAAGAUGGGUUCAAUCACAAUCAUGCAACGUAUUCCACUAUACUGCACAAGCUCGCACGAUCCAAGAAGUUUGAUGCUGUCGAUGCAGUUCUCCGUCAGAUGACCUAUGAGACGUGUGAUUUCCAUGAGAGCAUGUUCCUCAAUCUUAUGAACCAUUUCAACAAAUCCAUGUUGCAUGAUCGAGUGCUAGAGAUGUUCUAUGCGAUUCAGAAGAUUACUCGUGUUAAGCCCUCUCUCAAAGCUGUGAGCACCUGCCUUAAUCUCUUGAUUGAAUCACAGCAGGUUGAUCUGGCCAGAACUUUCCUUGUUAAUGUGAAGAAGCAUCUGGAUUUGAAGCCGAAUACUUGCAUUUUCAAUAUCUUGGUUAAGCAUCACUGUCGGGUUGGAGAUCUUGAAUCUGCUCAUGAAGUGAUGAAGGAGAUGAAAAUGUCGAAGCUUUCUUAUCCCAACUUAGUCACCUACUCAACUCUCAUGGAUGGUCUUUGUCGGCUUGGCAGACUCAAAGAAGCAACAGAUUUGUUCGAGGAGAUGGUGUCGGAGCAUCAGAUUGUACCUGAUGCUCUUACGUACAAUGUAUUGAUAAACGGAUUUGUUCAAUCCGGAAAAGUUGAUCGAGCCAGGAAAAUUAUGGAGUUCAUGAAGAGCAAUGGAUGCACUCCAAACCUAUUCAACUACUCGACCCUAAUGAAUGGGUUCUGCAAGGAAGGUAAAGUGACAGAAGCCAAAGAGGCUUUUCAGGAAAUGAAGACUGUAGGAUUAAGACCUGACACAGUUGGUUAUACGACACUGAUUAAUUGCUUAUGUAGAGGCGGAAAAACCGACGAAGCUCUGGGGUUACUUCAAGAGAUGCAGGAAACACAGUGUAAAGCCGAUGUUGUGACAUAUAAUGUAUUGCUGAGAGGGUUUUGUGAAGAAGGAAGGUUCGCUGAUGCCCUAGGGAUGCUAAAGAAGGCAACUUGUGAAGGGGUUUACUUGAACAAAGGGAGUUAUAGGAUUGUUUUGAACUGCUUGUUGAAGAGAGGUGAAGUGGAGGAAGCUGCUGUGUUCUUGGGUUUGAUGCUUGAUAAAGGAUAUUUGCCGCAUUAUGCGACUACAAACGAGUUGUUGGUGAAACUAUGUGAGGAAGACAGGGCGUAUGAUGCAGAGAUGGUGUUGUCAGGGCUGACGGAAGCUGGAUUCAAACCUGGAACCGAGUCUUGGUGUUGUUUGGUCGAGUUGGUUUGCAGAGAGAGAAAAUUGCUCGCUGCAUUUGAGCUACUUGAUGCACUGGCUGGAGGGUAAGUCUUUUUAUUCUUCAUUCUUUACAAACAAUCAGAAAUAAGAAGCAAUGUAAGAACUCUGCUGGAUAAGGUAGCUUGCACACUGACGACAGCUGUUUUAGCUAUAUGACUUGUAGGACAGUACUAGGCACUUUUCCAUGUACAUCAAAUGUAGGUUCCAAAGAUCAGAGAACUUGUUUGUGUAAUGCUGUAAAUGGCGAUUAUAGAGAGCAAUAGGAAGUGGUGAGUGGUGGGAGAAUCCUAUGAUCCCAUCAUUAUAACAUGGCGACCACCAUCUUCGAUAAAAUAAAAACAUGCCG